GUGGCCAUGUCGCGUCAGCUAACUCUCAAAUGCGCAUCGAACAGUAACAAAAUCAGUCAACGGAAAAUAAUGGUCAUCAAAUUUACUGUCUGGAAAAUGGGGCCAUUUUGAAGCUGGCAAACAGUAUAAAAUCAGGGUGGCUGAGCAGUUUGUCAUUCGACGAGAGAAAAGAGCUCAAGAACAGAUAUCUUUGAAGAAGCAAGAGAAUUGAAAUACUGAAGUGAAAUACUGAAGAUGAUGUUGCAGUGGUUGAUACUAUUGACGCUGUCUGUUCAUAACAGUUUAGCUUUCGGGCUUUCUGAUGAUACAGAUGGUAUGUGUGAUUAAAUCAAUAUAAUUGCAUUUAGAUUUAGCACGGACCCAUGAUGAUGCUUCGAAGUUUAAUAGCGCCUCUUCGACUGCGGUUCCAUUCCAGCAGUGUGCAGUUGCGUCCAUGUUAUUAGGCCAUUGCCUCACUAAUGUUGUUCUAAACCCAUAGGGCAUUCUAAACCCAAAGUUUAGGACAACUUCUGGACAACGCACAGUUAUAUAUCACAUUUAUAUAUGGAACACUAUUGAUGAAUCUGUAAAACUAUGCGAAAACAUUUCAACUUUUAAAAAUAAACUUAAGAACGUGUUAGUUCAAAGAUUUAUUUCAACUUAGUUAUAUAUGACGUUUUAUCACGCUAAUUUUAUAGAUUUAUAUAGAGACGUAUUUAUAAUUAGUGUUUUACCUGUAUUAAACAUUUUAGGACAUGUAUUUGUAAAUUAUCACUGAAAAGCCCUUUUUGGGAUGUGUUAAUAAAUUAUUAUCGAUCAAUCAAUAGGGCCAUAGGCCAUUGGCAAAGGCCACAUUGGUCAAAAUUUGGUUGACUGAUUUGGAGAAAAUUAGAUGUGAAAUUUGAAAAGUUUGUGUUUGCCUUUUCUCACGUUGAAAAGAACCAAUGCGCGCAAUUAAUGCACGCCUAAUUUUGCAUUACAUUGCAUCGUAUAUAGGCCGAGUUGAUAACUUUCAUGCGCUUUUUGUUUUGCUUUAUACUUUGGCUUAUUUGUAGGAAAUUAUAACUCAAGUUGUACAUUUAAAAUGUUCUUUAAGACACCUAUAAUGUUGUUUUGGGCUUCAAGCUAUUUCAUAACCUGAAAAUUCUACCAAUGAAUAAAAACCUUUGCCGACUAUACUGUACGCGCAUCUCACUAAUAUUCAGUAUACACAUCAGAUCAGCAUGCCUACAAAGCCAGAAUGCUUGAUUAAGAUGAACUGAUCGUGAUGUUAAUAUUAGUAUUUCCCCAUACAUAUUAGAGGGUAUCCCUGUGACUUGUGAUCAGGAAUUGCCGAAAAGCUGGAAUUGCUUAUUAGAAUUUAUAGGCCUACAACUUUUUAUCAAUUCGUCUGAAAUAUAGUAAGUAUAAAUAGUCCAACACAUUGGUUACAUACAAUAGUAUACGCUCGACUACAAGAUGAGUGCAGUUGAAUUAACUGUAACAUGUAGCUGAGAUUGGACGAAUUAGAAUAUUCAUAGAAAACGGGAACUGUUCAAUCAUGAUUUCAAUAUGCAAAACUAAGUUGCUCAAAGAACAGUUAGUUUCCGCAUAGUUGAUUCGUUUUAAAAUAGAAAAUAUAUUCCUUUAAGUGUACUUUUCUUUAUUUUGCUUUACACAGAAGACAAACAGGUAGUCCAACAACCAAAAAAGUGGUACGGUACCAAAAAUAGAGCGUAGUGUAAACGGGGCUGACCAUUUAGGUAUAGUCCAAGAACCGAAAAAGUGGUACGGGUACCAAUUUUAUCCGUGCCGUACAAAAAAUUGAGCGUAGUGUAAACGGGGCUAAAAUAUGCUAGUACAAAAAUUAUUUAACGGGAAGCUCUGUUAUGGCUAAAAAGUAAUGACUAAUCUAUUCAGAUUGUGUGUUCUCUCCUCAAAACAGAUUAGACAGCUUAAGAUCCACGACGCGGCCGCUUCAACGACGCGGUCUGAAUUUUAGCUCAAGAAUAAGCGCUAAGCAAUUUCAUUACUGUAAUCAAAGUUUGGAGAUUUUUCAAAUAACAUUACACUAAGAACUGCUAAGUUCAACUAAAGCGAUAUAUGUUACUUUGCUGUAAUUUCGACUUUAAGUAACACCUUUUGGGUCGCAAUAAAAUCGCAAUAAGCUUCGCGUUGCUUGACAAUCUCGAAACCAGAACCCGCAAUCCUCUGUGGAGGCUUGCUGGGAUUGCGGGCUCUGGUUUCGAGAUUGGUUGCUUGAAAGACGUGAUAAUUGCUUAGUUUAACGUUGUGUUGAGAGUGACAAAGCCGUUGAGAAUACCCCUGGCACCACAAAUUAUUCACAGUUCUUGUCUUGCACGACAAAUUUCUUUCUUUCGCAAGCGCGUCUUUGAGCCGACCGCGUCGUAUAUCUUAAGUUCGCUAUCGUGAACAGUGGACAACAUCACAGGGAUUCUACCGCCUUUGGAGCCACUAACAUACGAUAACCGGGCUGCCAGUGGCGUUCCCUGGCAAAAUUGUUGCCCCUCCCCUGAGAAAAUCUGGGCUUAAGAAUAGUUUUGUACAUGUUAACUUAUAAGUUAUUUAUACAUAUCUAAUAUGCAUGGUAUAGAAAAAGUAUUUUUGGACGGUUGAGUCUGUGUGCGUUUUUUGAAACAUAGCUCCAAACUAUUAAAGUUUCAAUAGCCUAUGCAGGAUGCAAGUUGAACGUACUGUAUAUACGAUGAUUUUAAUGCGAAAAUGCCAGUUGAGAGUCUAGAUUUUAAAGAAUUUCUGAAGAGGAUGCAACCCGAUCCCCAACAAGCUAUCUGUAUGAACGAUUGAAAAGCUACAGAUCUAUAUUUGGUGGAACAUUGUUGUUUUGGAGGGCAGUUAAAAAUCGCAUUAUUGAAAUCAUGUUUUAUUACAUAUCAAUCAAAGCUCAUUUUGUGAUUUUCCCUUGUUGAAAAUAAAGGACAGUAAGUGUUUCUUAGGCUUUGUACAGCAUCAGGAUUGUGUUCAUACUUUAGCUAGGAUUGUGCUCAUCGAGGAUUGUGUUCAUACAAACGAACCAUCCAUGGGUAGAAAUCAUAGAUAUCUUAUAUACACUAGAUCGUGCAUCUAAUUAUUCUGCAAUUCAAAAAUUGAAGCCGUGAUUGCAGACUCACGAUAUUCCCACGAAAUGAGAAGACUCGUUUUUCUUCUACUUCUUAAACAGGACACUUAAACAUUAAGUUAAACCUAUUCCAAAUACAUUUUGCCAGCAGAAAUCGUGCUAAACUGCUAAUAUAACUAAUUUUGUAUGAAAUUGAAAAAUUCGCCCAAAUGGUUACCAGGAAAUAAGAUCUGGUCACAAGUUGUAACAAACCUGCAGCAGAUUUGUAGCAAUGCUGUUCCAACAAAUUGUCAACAGGAUGUGUUCGCACUGCUUGUUCCCAGCUUGUAGACAACUUGCUGCAAGGUUGUUGAGCUCAACAAACUUGUUACAAGUUGUUCCAACAACUUGCUAUCGUCCUGCAUUUCACCAAUUUGUCAACAAGUUGUGAGUGAUAACCUUGUAACAACUUGAUAAAAUAUUCAAGCUCUCAAUCCAGGAUUAAGACUGUUAUGAACACGUCUUUUUGACAAGUUGUCAGAUUUUUACGUGUGUGUAUGUCUAUGCAUGCAAUUCAGUGAAGACUCAUUGGUCAAUCUUUCUCUAGAAUGUAAAGAUGCAAACUCAAAAUGCUAUUCAUGGGCAACCAUUGGAGAAUGUCAGAAGAAUCCAAGACACAUGCGUGUCAAUUGUAAGGCCAGCUGUGGGCUUUGUGGAGGUAUGGAAUAUGUGUAUAUAAAACGUAAUUAAAAAUCAAUUACAUCCACUUUAUAUAUUAUUUAUUUUAAAACGUUUGGCAGUUGUACUGCUCUAUCAGUUUUACGCCUUUCAAAAAUAAAGUUUAUAGUUAAAUAACGAGUGAGCCAUACUCAAAAUUAUAUUAUACAGACAACUACCGGGUAUAAACUAUUCUGCAAUUUCAUUUUGCUCUCUACUAGCAGGAUAUUAGCUAACGCUACCUCCAACCGGAAAUUUGAAGCUAAACUCAAAGGCCAGUCCCAAUCUUUUCACGCAUUCAAAGAGCGCUUAAUCAGUCAAUCAUAAAAAAAACACGCGAGUUUGACCCCCAGGUCAAAUUUUGGCGUCACGAAAAAACUGAAAAAGAGUUUAUCUGAAGGUAGCGUUCCAGUUAUAGUCAUUUCAAUAUAUCCUGCCUGUGUAUCUUGCCGGUAGAAAAAAACAAGAUGGUGGCUCAGAAAUUUCCGGAGUUUUCUGAACGAGAAAACGGCAAGUUAUUCGCUUUUAAAGCAUUACUGUCGGUGCAAUGGAAGUGUUGAUAAAAUAUUGCAUGAAUUCAUUUCCUCAAGUUGAUCAAUUCAUACGAAUUCAAAUUUCUUUUUACUUCCUGUGCGUUUCCUAUUGGUCAAUCGGUUCUCAAACGAAAUCUAAUUGGCUCAUUUAAAACAGGAAGUUGAUCAAUUUUCUAUCAAAUUAAUUGAUCAACUUGAGGAAAGGAAUUGGUGCAAUAUUUUAUCAACACUUCUAUUGCAUCGACAGUAAGAGGAAUCAAAACAGAAUAAAAAUACUUCCAGCAAUUGUAUAUACAUGUUAGUAAAUAAAAAUAAUGCCGAAAUUAAAGAGCGAACUAAAAACAGAAUAUAUAAUUUUUUCAAGAUUAAACUGAACUAAUUUAUAGAUGUGAAAUCACACUUUUUUGUACAGAAAGUGUACAAAAAUUUCAAGUUUUAUUUUUUUAGAUUGUAAAGACCUUGUCAAUCAAGCUCAGUGUGCAGUUUGGGCAAAACAAGGAGAAUGUAGCAAUAAUCCUAGUUAUAUGAUGGUCCAGUGCAAGGCGGCAUGCACAGGUUGCUCAAGUAAGUGCUCGCUUGUUUUAAAAAAUAGCAUGCAACAUGCACUAAAAAAGUAAAAAUACCAGCGGCGCCCGUCAGGAUUUUAUUUUGUUUGGCAGGGGGAAUGGGGUGGUUUGUGAGUUACAAUUCUAAGGGGGUGACUAAAAUUUUAUUUGCAAACGUUUCAGUGAAGACUUGUUGGUCAAUCUUUCUCUAGAAUGUAAAGAUGCAAACUCCAAGUGCUUUUCAUGGUCAACCACUGGAGAAUGUCAGAAACACCGAAGCUACAUGCGUGUCAAUUGCAAGGCCAGUUGUGGGCUUUGUGGAGGUAUGGAAUACGUCUAUAUAGAACGUUACGUCUAUAUAAAACGUAAUUAAAAAUCAAUUACAUCCACUUUAUAUAUUAUUUAUUUUAAAACGUUUGGCAUUUGUACUGCUCUAGCAGUUUUACGCCGUUCAAAAAUAAAGUUUAUAGUUAAAUAACGAGUGAGCCAUACUCAAAAUUAUAUUAUAGAGACAACUACCGGGUAUAAGCUAUUCUGCAAUUCGAUUUUGCUUUCUACUAGCAGGAAAUUAGCUAACGCUACCUCCAACCGGAAAUUUGAAGCCAAACUCAAAGGCCAGUCCCAGUCUUUUCACGCAUUCAAAGAGCGCUUAAUCAGUCAAUCAUAAAAAAAACACGCGGGUUUGACACCCAGGCCAAAUUUUGGCUGCAUGAAAAAAACGGAAAGAGAGUUUAUCUGAAGGUAGCGUUCCAUUAUAGUCAUUUCAAUAUAUCCUGCCUGUGUAUCUUACCGGUAGAAAAAAACAAGACGGUGGCUCAGAAAAUUCCGUCGUUUUCUUUCACCUUCGUUUUCUUUCACCUUCGUUCAUUAUAAACAUUUAUUUUGUAAACUAAAUUCAAUUUGCUACGUUUUGAGCAGUUUCACUGCUCGUCGUCUGGCCAAGUUGUAGUUGGCCUGACGACGAGCAGUCAAACUGCUCGAAACGUAGCAAAUUAAAUAAAAUAUUAACCUUCAGAAUCGGAAUUCUCGAAUUUAGUUUCCAAAAUAAAUGUUUAGAAUAUAUAAUUUUUUGAAGAAGUUAAACUGAACUAAUUUAUAAAUGUGAAAUCACACCUUUUUGUACAGAAAGUGUACAAAAAUUUCAACUUUUAUUUUUUUAGAUUGUAAAGACCUUGCCAAUAAAGUUCAGUGUGCAGUUUGGGCAAAACAAGGAGAAUGUAGCACUAAUCCUAGUUAUAUGAUGGUCAAGUGCAAGGCGACAUGCACAGGUUGCCAGGACAGUAAAUUAGUAAAUUGAUUUUAGUACUUUUCCGGGGUGGAAGCAGUAUCUUAGAAAUAAAUGAAUAAAAUCUUAAACCACACUUAUACAGAUUGCAAGUUUAUACUGUAGUUGUUGCCUGUUGGAAGCUUUUUGUAUUAAGCUAUUUAAUGCUGAC